AUGAAGCAUUUUAAAACCUUUAAGAAUGCAUACCUUUUGGUAGAAGAUAGCAAGAAUAGGUGUCAACCGUUCUACAAAGAAUAUAAGAAGAACAUCCCAAAUCUAAAUCUAGAGAGUCCUAUGUUUUCGUGCCCAUUUGUGAAGUUUAAACCAACUAACUCACCCAAAAAGUCAUUGGAUGCCUAUAGAAAGAAGCAACCUAAGCCUGGUUAUUGUGAGAUUUGCUUUAUGAGCUUUGAGGUUUAUGAUGAACACAUUCUUACGAAUAAUCAUCUUAAUUUUGCUGAAGACAAAAACAACUAUAAGGCAAUAGAUAAAUUCAUUGUAGAGCAUAGUAAUUUCGAAAUUGAUACUUUUGGUUGUACCGAUAGUCCGAGUGCCAGUAUUGCCUAUCUGUUUCAAUCAAAAGAACAAGGUUCUGAUAAAAACAGUUAUGUUGAAAUAAGUGAAGUUAAUUCAGAUUUUGAUACUGAUACAUCAUUUUUAAAUUUUAUUGAUUUUAAUCCGAAUUUGAAUAAAUGA